CAGCAAUUAUCCGCGGACAAAGGGUUCAUUUUAGGUUUAGCUGUGACGGUUUUGUUUAGUCACGUGACCGGCGCAGCCAAUCCCAGGCCGCGCAGGGAGAGAAGGGUAGAAAUACCAGGCGGACGGGGAACCAGGCGGCCGCCAUUGCUAGGUUCUGUAAAGGUCUGCCUGAUUUUUCCUCGACUUUGAGAGAUCAAACCUAGACUGUUUAAUGGGAAGAAAAACAGUAUGGAGGAGUCCCAAAUAAGUGCUGAAAAUACUGAUGCUAAUGAGCGCCUCGAAGAGGACACCAAUUUCAACUCGAUUGAGGAAAAUGUAGUGUAUAGGAAACUACAAGCCUGUGAAUCAUCUGUUCAGAAAAAUAGUUCAUUGACUGUGCCUGAAGAACUAUCAAGGGACAGGUCUGAGAAAGCCUUAAACAAAGUCCAGGGUUCUCUAAUUAUAAAUGAAGGUGCUACUACUGUCUCUAGUGAAAAUCCGGUCUUGCCUAAAGAAACGAUUAAUGGACCAGUUUCAUACUCCUCAAAUAAAACUUCCAUCCUGAACACAGACAGUAUUUCCUUAUCCACAGACCACCUUGUGGGUCUGCAAACAAAUUUGUGUUCAGUUUCAAAGGAGGUAUAUGAUCUUCAUCAACCUACGAAGAACUCUGUACAGAUGUCAAGUCAGCAAGUUUUAUUCUUGCUACCUGAUGUAGCACAUGCCAAGAAAGAAACCAAUUCCAACCUUAAACAUCCUACCUCUUCAGUUGGUUGCGAAACAGCGAAUGUGGAUAGUGUCAGAUUGGAUAGCACUUUAGUAGGGCCGAUAGAUGAGUGCAAUGAUAGGCAACAGUUACCUGUAAAUGAGAUGCAAAGUUGCUCUAGUGCUGUUAAUUCUGUAGGAGCAAACAGCGCCAAUUUUAGUACCGAGAUGGACUCGGUAAAUAAUGAAAAAACAGAGGAGCCAGAAAAGAACUGUGUUGUAAGGGUACAAAAAAAGCGUAAACGAAAAAUGGAUGGUAGUAAGAUAACUCGUUGCUAUUCCGAAGAUGCUUAUAAUGAUGUAAAUAUUUCUAAGAAAUCAAAGCUAUUAAAUGUAGAUAUGAUGGAACAUAGCGAUGAAGAGCAAGUGGUAGCUCCGCACAAAUAUGAAUUAAUGAAGAUCAAGUCUGAAUCUUCUCUUGAUGACACGGAAGAACAUCUUCCAAAAGAAGCUAUAGAGGCAUUCAAUCAUUAUGUUUAUAGUCCUGUUUGUGACUAUUCUGGGGAGACCUCACCUGUUCAUGUCGAUCCAUUCUUUUCUAGUGAUGUACAAAGUUGUGAGUCACAGUCACCACCAACAUGCACAAGUGAUCAAGAGCCAUCAUUUUACCCCUGCACAAAGUGCAAUGUGAAUUUUAGGGAGAAGAAACACCUUCAUAGGCACAUGAUGUAUCACUUGGAUGGGAAUAAUCAUUUUCGGCACCUUAAUGUUCCAAGGCCAUAUGCUUGUAGGGAAUGUGGGCGAACUUUUAGAGACCGAAAUUCACUUCUUAAACAUAUGAUUAUUCAUCAGGAACGACGGCAGAAACUGAUGGAGGAGAUACGUGAACUGAAAGAGCUUCAAGAUGAAGGUAGAAGCGCUCGUCUGCAGUGCCCUCAAUGCGUGUUUGGAACCAACUGCCCUAAGACUUUUGUGCAGCAUGCCAAAACCCAUGAGAAAGACAAGCGAUAUUACUGCUGCGAAGAGUGCAACUUUAUGGCUGUUACUGAAAAUGAAUUGGAGUGUCAUAGAGGUAUUGCUCAUGGGGCCGUGGUAAAAUGUUCCGUUUUAACUUCUGAUCAACCCCAAAGAAAGUAUCAGAGAAAGACCUUAAAAAAUUCAUAUUUUCUUUCAUCUAAAAAGCCUGCAGCUUUUAUUUGUAAGAUGUGUCCAUUUACUGCGCCAACCCGCUAUAUUUUAAAAAAGCACAUUGAAUAUGUACAUCCAUCAUCUUCCUUGGACCAGUUUAAUGGUCCCCUUGUAAUUAAACAAGAACAUUUUUCAGAUAAUGAACUUGAUGAACUUGAAUCUGAGAGUAAAGAGUUUGCAAAACCGCCCCAUUCUUUUCCAAAGAGUUCUGCUUUAAAGCAGGAUAUGAAGAGACCGUAUGGAUCCAUGAGUCAAAGUAACAGUUUUACAAAGUUGUAUAGAAAACAAAAGAUACAAAAAGCUCGAAAAAGUGCUGCUCAGUCUGUUAGUGGUCCUUCAAGUUCCCCAAAUAAAUCUCUACUUUUUACUAGCAAUGACCAAAAACACAGGUACUUUAAAAUUAAACAAAAGCAUGCAAGGUUAAAUCAUGCCUACAUAUACAAUCAGAAGUGGGAUGGCUACAAAACUUUGAAAAAAUCACACAUAUUCCCACUGAAUUUAAAGAAGGAAGAGGGUAAUUCUUCACAUCAGCUUUCCAACAGGGUAGCAGUCAAAAGGGUGCGGAAAGCAGACCUCGAAAGACCAGUCACAGAAGAAGAUUUGGAUAGUUACCCUGAUUUCCUUCAAAAAAUGACUUACGUUGUACUAAAAAAACUUGACUCGUCUGAUAAAAAAGACGACUAUGAUUCAUGGGACAAUAGUGAGCUUUACAAUACCGAAUCACCAGAUGAUGCGUAUAACAGUCCAGCAAAAAAAGUAGUUUAUCCAAUUUUUAAAGAUAAUGCAAAGGACCACCAGCACAGUGAAGACAAUGGCUUGCAUUACAAUAAUAAUGAUGGCUUUUACUUUGAGUAUUAUGAAGAUGGUGAGGCAGAUGGUUACAUGCAUGAAUUGUCUGAUGUUGAUAUGGAAAAUGCAGAAUCUGUAUUGCCAGGCCAUAGUUCUAUAUUCCACUGGAGUGAUUUAGCUCUUGAAAAGAAAUCUUGUCCAUACUGUCCUGCAACCUUUGAAACAGGUGUUGGGUUAUCUAACCAUGUUCGUGGCCAUUUACACAGAGCCGGAUUAACUUAUGAAGCUCGCCAUGUGGUGUCUCCAGAGCAAAUUGCAUCAAACGAUAAAAUGCAGCACUUCAGGCGGACAGGAACGCCAACAAAGCGUGUAAGAAAAGUAAUAGAGAAAUCAGAGAGCCCUUCUGAGCACACAUGUGCUUUGUGUGGAGGCUGGUUUGAUACAAAAAUUGGAUUAUCAAACCAUGUUCGAGGUCACCUGAAAAGACUUGGGAAAAAUAAAUGGGAUGCACACAAAUCGCCCAUCUGUGUUCUCAAUGAAAUGCUGCAAAAUGAAGAAAAGUAUGAACAGCUCCUAAAGAUUCUGAACAACAGGCGCCCAUUUCAAAGACCAGCUCACAGACCCUUCUCAGCACACAGACUUUCCAGAAAUGACUCUUCAAAGACCAAUACUGCACCUAGCGAAGAACACUGCAAUGGUUUAAAAACUGAUACUGCAUCUGAGCAAAUAUCACAGGAAGGGCUGUGCCUCAGUGAAUAUGAUGGAACAAGUCAACAUGGUGACAAAGAUAAACUUGUUUUAUUACCUGAAUUUCUUAAACUAAAAAAAUCAGGUGAAGAUAAAAACUCAGACUUUUCUCAAAAGGUCAAUCAAACUGCAAGAAAGAGGUUAAUGCAGAAAUGCCUUCAUCCUUUAACUGAAGAUUGUUCACUGAUGUGCAAUUCACAGAAAAACAUUGAUCUCUCCUUACAGCCAGUUUUGGACUGCAAGCAAAAAAAGUCAAGAUCACGGUCUGGAAGCAAGAAGAAAAUGCUACCUUUGCCACACAGUGCAGAUGAAGUUUAUAUUCUGAGAUGCAGGUUCUGUGGACUAGUCUUUCGUGGACCUCUGUCUGUCCAAGAAGAUUGGAUAAAGCAUUUGCAACGUCACAUUGUCAAUGCAAACCUUCCACGGACUGGAGCUGGAAUGGUUGAAGUGGAACCGCUACUAAAGAAACCCCCUUCAAUCACUGAAAUAAAUGUCCCUUUAUUAAUGGCUGAAGCUGCAACAUAAAAAAACAAUUAUACAGGACAUUGCAGUUACCACGGAUGUAUAUUAGGACUUUUUUCUUUUCUUUUCUACAAUUGUUUAUAGUACCAAGGACAAAGAGAUACUGAUGUGCCGCAACCUUAAACUGAACUAUCACAGACCUAACAGUCUACACUCUUCUUACAUCAUGUACUAAGCUAAACAUCACCCUUGAAUUUAAGCCUUUUCAAAUAGUUUAAACCCGGUAUCAAAUUCUAAAUGACCAUGGAAAACCAUCUGCUUUAAAUUAUAAAAAAAAAAAAUCUUAAGUGUGUUUAUACAAUAUAUUUUCUAUAAGAUCAGACAAUUCCUGAAACGUUAUUGGUUUGUAUAGGGCAUUAGGUAUUACCAUAUACUGCAGAGUUUGAAGACUGUUCAUUUGACUAGGGCAAUCAGUGCUAUUCUGUACAGAUAACAUGUGUUGAAUUUUUUUUUUUAAUUAUUAUUACACAAGGCUUUUGUACUAAAAA